AUGCUUAUAGUGCUAACUUCGUGGUUCAGGUCGGGCCGAUCCAGCGUUGACGCGUUUUUGAACAGUGGCGAGGAUUUGACCCUCCUCAGUGACAUCUGCAAUCGGUGCUUUAUGGAAGGCUACAACAACAAGGCUAGGAUCCCCCCGGACGCGAGGCCAACGACGAAGGAACUACUGGAGCACCUGAGGCCCCGCGCAGCGGAGAAAAAACACCAGGCCGCGGCCGCGUUCCACGAGGCGAUGCUAUCCGUACUCCGCAUCUUGCAAGAAAGCGUUCCAGUAGCCGUGGAAGAUGCCAUUGAAAUCGUGGCUGCCAAGCGUCGUGAGUGUGGCUUGUCCGUGCCCGUUGAGGGGGUGCAGAAGGAUAAGGGUCUGCGUCAAAUUGCGGUGGACAUCCUUACGUCCGUAGGCAAUGGUGUGACGGACGCCUACUACGUCAGCUACGAGGGCCACGAAAUCGGGGUGGAUGGGCGGACACUUGUGCACUUCGUUAUGCCGAAGGUCAUCUCGCAUAAGUACGUGGUUUGUACAGACCGAAAAGUGCGGCAGUUGGAGACCGUCGCCGAGAAGGUGCGCCAGGAAUCGCAAAUGUCGGACGGGCCCGGCGACGCCGACGGUACGCCGACCGCGGCAGGUGGGGCGUCCUCCGCCGAUGGGGAGAAGGCAAAACUUGAAUCGACUCGGGCAGCGGGUCAGGACGUUUGCGAGUCUAUCAAGGCGUGGGGUCCCUGGAGCGGGGAGACAUGGGCGUCGACGUUCGACCUCCGGAAAACACAGGAACUCGAAGUGGAUGUGGUGCCCCCUGUAGAGUAUCUCAAGACAUUUUGCCCCCCGCAGCUUUUCACCCUCCUCAUGGCCGUGUGCGGAUGGAAGGAGGAUCGCUUUGACGAGCAGGAGGGACGCGAUAAGAUGUCUAGACAAGAGCGAGGGGACGCCGGGUUGAUGUACUUCCUUGCAACCAUGAUCGGGCGGGCCGUCAUGCGCACAAAGUUCAUGCCGCCACACUUCUUGAAGCUAUCACAGGCGUUGAAACAGUGGGGUGUUGGUCAAAAGCCCAUGUCACUACUCGCUUCGUUGAACAUCUGCUACGGGGACUGGGUGCGGUGGGAUCGUGAGAACUGCCUCCCCACGGUCAACGACAAGGACCUCAUGCCUAAGGGUGGUCAAAUGAUGUGCGCCUAUGACAAUACGGACGUGAAGGCGGAGAAGAUGUUCGACGGUGGGAAGUACAUCGCAUUCCUGGCGGCCACAGCGCACGUGGCCAAGGGGGGGGGUGCUGUCUUGGGCCCGGAGAGCUCCUGGUUGCCGGAGACAGAGUUAACGGUGGAGCUGGUGCGAUACGGUCCCGACAAAGCUGCUCAUGAUCGUGUUGUCGAUGAAUGGAUGCAGACCUUGUGGGACGUUCUGGAGGGCAGCUCGGAGUACCUGAGCACACCUGGCCCUGGGCAGUCGUGCUUGGAGGUUGAGCUCCAGAAAGUCACAAGUCCGGCGGUGCAGAACAUGGAGAACAGGACCGCUUUCAUCCAAAGAGGGUCGUCAAAGAGCACGCAGGACAAUGCAGCGGCGAUAGAGAGGAUUCGAGUCCAGGCGGGCGUCCUAAGCCGAAAGGAGAAGGCAGAGGGGGUCAUUCCGGAUGCCGCCCAGCGUGUCGCUAUCGAGGGCGACCAGGAGACGUUCGCCAUCAUGAUCAAGGUGCCGCUGGAGGAGGAGGAGGAGGAGGAGGAGGAGAAGGAGGGGGAGCGGGAGGAAGCGCAACACAUGUGCUAUUCUCUAAACUUAAAGGAAAAGGCUAUCAGUACAAUAGUCUUGAGGUCCCUUUGCAGCCAAGUCACCCAUGAGGGCAUGAGGGCGCGCGUCCGAACGGACGACGGGCAGUACUCGGAAUACUUCGACGUGGGCCAAGGCCUCCGACCGGGAAGCAACCCGGCCUCGCUGCUGUUCAACUUGUUGUUCUCUGACGACGCGGCCAUCGUCUCGCGCUCGCCGGAGAGUCUCGAAAAGGUUGUGUCGGUCAUCGUGCGCGUGGUCGGCCGGUUCGGACUGAUGGUAUCGGAGCCAAAGACGGAGAUCAUGUGCAUGCUGCCGAAAGGGAUCGAGGAACGCCCGUUCACGGUCAGCGCCGCCGGCCAGACGUACAAGCAGAGAGAUCGGUUUGUGUACCUCGGACGUACCAUCUCCGCGGACGGGAAGGCCGACCGGGAGAUCACGAGCCGCAGCUGCCGAGCGUGGAAGUGCUACCGCCGGAACAGUGCUUCGAUGUACGACAGGCGACGGGCCGACCGCCAGCUCAAGAUCCGGCUACCCCAGGCUGAGACCGCCCUGUCCUAUGCCCAGGCCCUCAUCAUCCAGGCCGACUGCGAGGAAACCAUCAAGGCCACCGUGCGCAAACAAAGACUGUGUUUCGCGGGCUUUGUUAUGCGCAUGGAGGACAACCGCCUCCCCAAGCGCAUGCUGUUAGGAGCGAUGGCGGGGGGCGGGGGAUACCGGGGCGGGCAGGAGAGCGACUGGGUGUCUCGUCUAGGAGAGGAACUCGUGGCCUUCAACAUGGGAGACGAAAAGGAAAGGGGUAAAUGGAAAGAGAGCGCCAAGGACCCGGAGGUAUGGUACAACAAGGUCGAGGACGGGGCGGCAUGGUUCAUGAGGAAAUGGCUCAGGCAGGAGGCGAAAGCGUCCGCGAAGCGCCAGCGCGCGAAGGAAGCAGAAGCAGAGAGUACGGCCAUCUCGGGACCGAAGGGAUGA